AUGUCAAACCCAGUCCCGUCCCUCCCAAUGCCCAUGGGACAGGCCAGGAAAUCGUAUUACAGCCAGGAUAUGCACCAAAAACCCUCACAGAAUUGGUCAGCUCGCUAUGAGCCUUACAGUAGCUUUUCAAGUUCACCACCGCGCUCGUCUUCCCCACCACGGACUCCGUAUACAACAAGACACACCUACAGCUACGCGCACAUAAGGUCGAGCCCGGAAAUCAACUCAGAUGGUGCUUACCAUGGAGCUGGAGAAAAUUUGGAGGAUCCGUCAUCGUCAUGGGGUCACCGCUACCCAAGAAGCGAGCACAUCAAGUAUUCUCCAACAGCAUACACCCGCGACUCCAACCGUUCGGGAUAUUCAACGGAGUCCUAUUAUCCGCCAACUUCAGAUUUUGACACGUCUGAAUAUUCCGAAGAUGUUGAUAUUGAUAUCCCCGAUGCGGACUCUGAACACACCAGUGACAGCGCGCCAGGUCGGAGCUCGGGGAUUGACACCGACAGCGAGGAAGAUGGGCAGGAGGAGGACGAGGACAGUUUUCUGUUUGGAUAUGCAGGAAACCGCCGGACUUUCUUUCACACUUCUGCGGAACGAGGCCAAUGGAAAAGUAAUCCCAUGCCUUUCAAGCCCGCUCCUUCCAUUUUGCAAAACCGGAAAUCCGCCCCCACAUUGUCCAGAGUUGCUACCCCAACACUAUUGAACAACUCAAGAACCAUCUCGGAACCUGCCCCAUCUACUUCUCUCCCCGAAACUACCUUCGUGCUACCUCCGGUGCAGGAUCUAUCUGAUCGUACGACUGAGCCAUCUGCUUCGACCUCCACCCCCGCAUCCGCCGUCGAGGAAUCCUGUCCGGCCAGCAAUGUCACAGAAGAGGAAGAAGUCGAAUCGCCGCAUACCGUGCCCUCUCUUACGAGCGAUCGCGAGAGCAGCAUGGACGUAGAUGAACACGAUAUUCUAUCGUCCCCUCUGCCGCCUUCGUCCCCGCCUCUGUCUCCGGUCAGCUUUUCCGCUGCCCGGAUGUCAAGAUCGGUGUCCCCAUUAUCGUUUGGUCACCAGUCGGAGGGUAAUGGAAGUUCUUCGCCGUUAUCGGAGCUUCCAGAUGAUGACGAUGAUGAAAGCACUUGGGAGCCGCUUACAGUAUCAGGCGUGCUACACGAUUUUGCUAAGGCUGAAGACACUCCAACCUCAGUACCAGUAUCCUCCUCCUCUUCGGACUCUAAAGCUAAAUCAAAGUCACCGUCCCCGGCCUCUGCGGAAGUGUCUAUUUCAACCUCUCAAGAUCCAGAGCCUACACCCGCCCCUAAGGAUCCGGAACUACCCUUAGUCGAGACCGUAUCGCCAACUCAAAAAGCAUCCGUGUCAUCCCCUUCGGUCCCCUCCGUUGUCUCUCUGCCGGGAGAAUCAACGCCAUCUCUUUCUGUGGCGCCUCCCAGUAACGAAAUCCUUGUUCCUACGAUUUCGUCAGCCGAGAAAGGCAAGGCGCGCGAGCACGUCACUGUUGUCGAGAAGAAGAGAUCGAAUGCGUCGAAGGAAAACGAUGGCCCGUAUUCUUCAUUACCUCAUUCUGGUGCCACAAAGGCUCACGCCGAUAAGAGAAAAAAGGAACAAGGUUCUGAAGAGCCUGUCAAGAAGAAGCAGAAGACCGAGACUGGCGGAAAACUCAGGAACGAGACCGCUCCCACCCAUACCAGCCUCCCCGCUUCUGACAGCUCAAAAGUGAAUGCUGGUCCCACAGAGCAGAUGCCCAGGAAAAAGACGGUGGUGAAGCGGAAAGUCGAGGUUGAGUCUGAGGCGACAGAGAAAGAUACUGCGUCCGAGGUGGAGGCUGCUACCAAGGGCAAGAGGAAAAAGCGGAGCGGCGGAGAGCCUUCUGCCUCUUCUUCGAGUGGGCGACGGGCCGGGAAAGCGCCUCGUGGCUCCGGUCGACGCCGUGCGUCGUCUAGCUACCUAGACGACAGCGCAGGUGAAUCUGACGUCGAAGCUGGGCGUGGUGCGGCGUCGGAGGGGCCUUUGGACCCAGAAACGGCGGCGCUCCAUGCGCAGGUGUGCGGGCUCCUGAUUGAGACGAUGGCGAUGUCGCGUGCUUCGUCGUUGGCGGUUAGCACGUUGUUUAAGAUGGUUAUGAAGUCGCAACCGGCGUUGAAAAGCCAGAGGUCGGAUAAGGAGUGGAUGAGGCUCUUUGAUCGUGUUCUGCAUAGUGGUGAAGCUGGGAGAGGGUCAGGUUUGUUUGGGAAAGUUGAGAGCAGUGGCAAGGACGACGCAGAUCGACCUUUGGAAGCUCAAUGGUUCUAUGUGCCUGAGCUGGAUGAAGACCAGGAGAGAGCUGCGCUUAUCAAAGCUAUGAUGCCUCGCCCGGCCAAACGAAGUGAGACGAAGAAGUACAAACAGUACUACUGGCGUCCUCUCGAUAAGAUUUCAAAAUGGGAUCCUGAAGAUGAACUCUGA